AUGAAGUUGAAGCGCCUUCUUCUUUGUUUGGCAGUGGAUGCUUCAGAGACAUCAGAUGAAAUCCAAGGACGAGGCUUUGGCAUCGGUAAUCAUGAUCAUGUUCAUACGACUCAACAAGUGCCUAUUACUCACGCAACAGAAGCCUCUUCAUAUAAUUAUCAAACUUGCCUCCAAAUGGGUGGUACUUGGUACAACGUGGCCGACAAUCCCUAUUGCUCGUUGCCAACAGUAGCGCCGACAGAAGCACCGACUGCAGCUCCGACUGCAGCACCCACUCAUGGUUCUCUGUCGAAUAUGGAACAGGCAAAACUAGACUGCAUUCAAGGGGGUCAUUAUUGGAUAACUGAUCCUCAAGGCGGUGGAUUUCAUUUUUGCUCGUGGACUGCGCCAGGAGCGACUCAGGCACCAACUGCAGCACCGACACUAGCCCAAACUCAUAUUUUUCACAGUGCAAGCUCGUUCAACAACCAAAAUGACUGCGAGAAUCAUGGGUUUUAUUGGUAUCAGUUUCCGACUUACGGAUAUUGCGAUAAUGAAAAAGUGGAAAGCGUUGCAUUCGCUUUUCAAAAUCCUCAACUUGACUGCAUGGAGAAGAAUGGACGCUGGAUAGCCGCACUUCAGUCCUGUGAAUUGGCUUGUAGUCAAUGCGAAGGCGUCUGUGGGACUGAUUUGGUCUGCGUUUGCGGAAAAGGUCAAUAUGGUCAAAAUUGUGAGUUUUGCUCUAGCGGAUACUUCAAAAGUGACGGCCACGGAUGCAUCGAAGAUCCUAAUAGCAUAAGGGAUUGCGAAUCAAGUUACUGCAACAACCACGGUCACUGCCAAGAAAACGGCGGCGUGAAGACUUGCACAUGUUUUAACGGUUUCAAGGGCGAUCAAUGUCAAGAUACGAUCACAAUCAAUCCAUGUGAAAUCGUUAACCAUUGCAACGGCGGCGGGGUUUGCAGUUUAAAAUUCGUGAAUGGAAAACAAGUUCCGUCCUGUAAAUGCUACUCCGGAUUUACUGGUACAUUCUGCAAGAAGAAAGUGCAGGUUGAUCCUUGCCAACAACUCAACUAUUGCAAUAACGGCCAUUGUAUUAUUGACCGUCAUACGCUGGUCGCCUCUUGUUCUUGCAACGAGGGCUGGAGAGGUGAUACGUGUCUCGUAAAGGCUACUGUAUCUUGUGCUGACUUAGAUUACUGCAAUCACGGUGGUAACCAAGUGCAAUGGCAGAUUCUACGGAAACAAAUGCCAAUACGAAAAACAAGAUUCGCGCUGCGCAGAUCAAUCUUUUGCUCCAACGGGGGUGUCUGCAAGGAAUCGGCAACAACAAAAUACUGCGAGUGCCCCGAUAGCUAUGAAGGAGACUUCUGUCAAUAUCCACCAGGAACACCAAAAUGUGACUACACUGAUUGCAAUAAUGGGGUUUGUUCACAUGACAAUGACGGAUAUCCUGUUUGCACAUGUCAAAAUGGCUGGAAAGGUCCUUACUGUAAUGUCGCAAUACCGUGCACUAGAGAUUGCCCGUUUGGAAGAUGCGCACAUGGUCAAAAUUCUCAAUAUUGCGCGGACUGUCCAGAAAAUUUCUUUGGCCGAGAGUGCAAAUAUGAUUGCAGUUCUUGCGCAGAUGGUGAAAUUUGUGAGAAAACCUUUGAAGGAGACAAUGUCGUUUCUGCAAGAUGCGUUGUCAAGCCUGUCUCAGUUUGCGAAGCAUCUCAAAACAUUUGCCUCAACGGGUGUUCAUGCGUCGACAAAGUCAAAGACGGAUAUUUCUUCACGUGUCAAAAUCAACUGGGCAAAAACUUUCUUGGAAAGCGAUGUCAAUGGGCAGAACCUGUUCUUGAAUGCGCGAAGGAUCUCAUCAAGAUAAAAAUUACGAAUGCUUUUCACGAGAAGUUCUCCUUCAGCUCUAAAACCUAUUCAAUUGGUUCCUAUUCGAAGACCGUGGACACCGGCAACACGGAAACACAACUCGUUAUCAGACAAUCUGAGAAUCCCGAUGUUUUUCGAACUCGCGUCGUCGACGGCUCUCUUGUCAUGAGUAGCGACGUUGUUCUUCGCUUAACACGAGACAAUAAUCCGUCAUUUUCUUCACAAAUGCGCGUCAUGACUUUCGCCUGCAAGUACAGUAUUGACAAGGAAACGUCCGAGGUAUUCAAUCCAACUCACUGGCCUUCUGAAACGCUCGUAGAGAAUAACAAGAAUUUUAAUGUUGAUCUCAAAUUCUUCUCUGUGAGUGCAGCGUUCGAAGCCCAUCGACGCGCCCGCGAAAGUGCCUUUGUUCUUCACGGUGAAGAUGUCUAUGUCUCCGCAUCAAUUCACGAUUCAGUUGACAAUCUUCCUUCCAGCGUUAAGCUUCUGUUCCAAAACUGCGAUCUUCGUCAAGGAAAUACAUUUAUUCCCGUAAUUUCGAAUGGCUGCCCCGUUUACGACACUUCUGGGCAACGAAAUUUCGCAGAAGUAACAUUCGCUACUCAGCAACCGACAAACGGAGUCGAAUUCAAGAUGACUGUUCUCGGCUUCCAGGCGAAUUCUGACGCUCUCAAGCUAACAUGCGAAGUCUCUUUCUGUGACGAGUCACAAGGAUCUUGUAAUACAAAUGCUAACUGCAAUGGAAGAAGAAAACGAGCUAUUUCAAGUCCCACGAUUACACUCGAAGUGGCGCCAAUUUUCAUCCUCUCUCCUGGAGCAUUCCAAAAAAGCGAAAUUCACUUGAGUUAA